AUGGAGUGGAUAAGCUCCCUGAAGCGCACGCGUACAGGGUCAAUCUACUCUGAAACAACAUCAUCCCUGACCAAACUCGACACCUACACACUCAAACGUCGAAAAAUGAGUCCGGGCCAGGCACAACGGCUGUCUAGCCCCUGUCACUUGGAAGCUCUACCGACUGAGUUACUACAACAGAUUUUUCUUGUCUCCAUGAACGGGAAUCUGAUUACGGCAUCCCCGCUGAUCGCGAUCAAGCUGUCAGGACAAACAUCGGUGUACCGCGCUGCGUUCCUCCUUGCUUUCUUCAGCCACGAUGUUGACAAAUUGUUCAACAUUCAUAAAUUACACUACAUGAUUCCUAUGCUCGAUCUUCCGCCAUCCAGCUGGGAUGUCCGAAGUAUGACACGUGCGGUGCUGAAUAGCCGGUGGUGCACAUGGAGCCAAGUCAAAUCGUGGCUGGUACACAACCUGAAGUACGCUGCCACGCGGCUGCUGGAAUCUGCGGAGCCGGACAACUCUCGUCCCCAGAUCGAAAAGUUCAUACAAGGGCGGGUUGACGUCGACACACUGUUCGGCCGGUGCUGGUGGGCUAAAGAUGAGCAGAGCCGGUCGUGGCAGCUCGAACCAGACAUUUUUGAUAUCCGUUUGACUAGGGAUGCCGAUAUUUACGACGAUCCCCUGGACCAGGAGGCUGACGACGACGAAGAUUACAUGCAAGACUCUUUCACGGCUGAAUGGAACACCGAGCUCAUCCUCCAGUGUCAAAUGAGGAUAUUCGGCGUAGUGACCAUUGGUGAGGAGAAAAGGCAAAGCCAUGUACCAGACUUCCACGACGACGACCCUUUUCGCCGCGUCGUGGAAGAGUAUAGCGGACUAAACAUUGAGAAAAUGAAGCCACAGCCACUUACGCUGGACUUUUGGCAACUCCUAGAUGAGCGGGCAGUGAGAGCGACCCGCAAUUCUCACUGGCUACGAGAAACACUUGCCAUCGAUUACUUCUUCUCCCCCGAAGAUCAACCUUACCAUGUGUCGCCUCGGUUAUACAGAGCUGCAGCCGCAGCGGACUUGCAGCUAGAGCAUCCAAUGAGCUGUAAAAGAGGCUCCUACGUGCCAGUGCUCUACGUCCUGUUUUCGAUCGACCCUCUAUCUUUACCUAAGACAGAUCCAAUUUUGCUAGCCUGGGCAGCUAAAGCACGCAGCAGGGUCCUCGACUUUCAUGAGCGCCUGGUGGUUAUACGAGACUUGAUAGAGGAUCUUAGGGAAGAGCAGCAUGGAACAUUGAGGGAUAGACACCGCAACAGGUAUCGAGCUAUAAAGCUGGAAUACAAGUACAACUACGAAAUGGAUUUGAAAAUUUUACGCUACAUCAAAACAGGCUCCCUAAUGAUGAAGGUCGAUACCUUUGCACCGGAUUUUGCUGAACCACUUGGCUGGCUUGGUGAAAGGCUGAAUCCCUCGCCUGAAGCGUUGGCGAAAGCCGAAAAUGCCGAUUUCCCAAACGCGGAGCGAUGGGAUGUGGACAUUUUUAACGAGGCCCUGGACGACCGCCUCCGUUUCUUCUAUUCUGUGGACCAGGAACAACGUUUGGAAGGCGACCUCAGUUUCCUCGGCCAAGAUGUAAUGCAACCUGAAGCUGAUGACCUACUCGAUGAAGCUGAAAGAGAUGAGGCCCGCAACGCUCUGACGGCCUACGAUGGAUAUUACAGAAGCUGGCAUCAUGAUGACUACCAUCGACUCCUUGUUGAAUACUGUGACGAGAGAGACUACGAUGGAAAUCACCGGGACUUUGAUGAAGAAGAAGAGGAAGACGGCAUCGAUGAUGACGAACCCCAGGAGCCAGCAAAUAUUCAUUUCGUCAAAGAGCCAAGAGAAGACUGGUUUCGUGCGAGCGACGAAGACAUGGCAAUUAACUGGAUUGUUGCAUAUUCGUAG